CUCCACCCUCUGUGGAUAAUCUUUCAAUGAUCGCAGCGACGCGCACCGUACAUAAUUGCGCUUCUAUGUAUGUAGCUAGCGAUUGGGACUGAGCACUGGCCCAAGUGUUGGGGAGGAGCCAUUUGCCCGUGGAAGGCACGAGAACCAUGUCGCUCCUGCCAUCGCAGUAUCGCCUAACCCCAUAUGCGUCAUCCCAGUGAAAAACAUAGCCGCAUACCUUCGUGCACAACAGCAUCAACUCUUGCUUCCGCGUCACCACUCCAACACCUAUUAAUCUAUUGAAUAUCCCUUUUCUCUUUUCAAAAACUCUCAAAACAUCUUCCAAAAUGGCCGACCCCAUGAUGAACAACAUCUUGCGCUGGGGCAUCGAGAAUUCCGAGUCCUCGCAAACCGACGGCGCUCCCGCAGCAGCAAAAACCCAGCUCAACCCCGCCGCAUUACAGGCUCUAUUCGGGGGCAUGAAAUCGGAUGCCGAGCAAAUGAAAGACGCCAUGAAUACCAUCGAAGACCCCAAAAUCAGCACAGACGAGAAGGAGGUGGCGUUCGAAGACUUUGAGAUGAUCAUCCAGGGCAUCGAUAAUGCCAACAACCUGGAAGCACUUGGGCUUUGGACCAGACUCAUUGAAAAGCUCGAUCAUGAAGAGCCUGUUCUCAGGAAAUGGGCAGCCUGGUGUGCUGGCACGGCGGUGGAGAACAACCCCAAGGCACAAGAGCGGUUACUCAUAAUCGGUGCUAUCCCAAAUCUCGUCAAGCUCGCGACUGAGGACGAAAAUGCCGAUGUUCGCAAAAAAGCCGUCCGCGCUCUCUCCGCCGUGUCACGCAAUUUCCAACCCGCCCUCGAUGCCGUCGUCGAGAGUGUGCCUUCACAAUUCAAACCCAAAGACAAGCUCGAUGCUGCCGAUAUGGAACAGGUGGACAGUGUGAUCGACCCUUUGAGAGCAGAUGCGCAACGAGUCCGGUAG